CCCUAUCCAUCCUAUGGGACUGUCGAAUCCGAGUUACCAAUCCAGCGUACCGGAGUCCACGGUGGCUUUGGGGACUCACAGUUUAGCCUUUCCUCGGCUUUGCCGCAUAUCGUCGCUCCGCGCGCCUCCCUUGAGACUCUUGGUACUGCUGCCUCCCUUACUUCGAUCGCCUGUUUGGGUGCUGGCUCAUCCGCAUCUUGUAUCCAGCCCCAGCACCUGCACAGCAACCCUCAAUGUCAAGUUGCCUCCGGACAGGCUUCGUCGAAUUCAGCUUCAGCUACGGCUGGUGCUAUCCCACCGGCGAAUGGUGGGCCCGGCUUCCACUCACCUUCCACAGCCCUAUCACCAAUGUGAAUCCUCAUCGUUAUCCGCCUAG